GGAAUUUUAAAAGUAAACAUGCUGAAAAAAAUUAUCCAAAAUUCAUUAAUUAUACAAUCACGGCGAUUAGCGACUGUGGCACGAACUGGAACUAAAGAGAAGUAUGAUUUGUAUGCUGGAGUUCUGAUUGAACGACUUCCAAUUGUGUCUAAGAAGUUUAAUGACAUCGAAAAUGAAGUUAUUCAAAUGUUUCAAAAAAUUGAGUUCGAGAACAGCUUGAAGAACGAUCAUGAAAUCAGGAAAGAAAAAGAUGCAAGGAAACAAAAGCUUUUAAAAGCUGGAAAACUAGACAACGAAGGUGAACAGGACUCGAUAGUUCUUCAAACAGCACAAGAUUUUGAAGAUGCAGGACACGAUGAGCUAGCAAAGUUUGAAUGUGCACCAAGAGAAACGGAAGAUGACAAGAAGAACAACACAAAGAGUUUAAAUAGAAAACUAGAUGAUACAUUAAUGCUUGUGUGCAAUCAUCAGCUUGGCAAGGAAAAUGUUACAUUACUUCCACAAGAUAAAUGGAUCGAAGGUGAGACAUUAAGGCAAACAGCUGAGAGGAUUGUAAAAGAUAAAUGUGGAACUGACUUGAAAGUUCAUUUCUAUGGAAAUGCACCGAUUGGAUUCUAUAAAUAUAAAUAUCCAUUAAGUGAGAGGAAGGAAUCAGUUGGUGCUAAAGUUUUCUUCUUUCGAGCAAUUUACAAUUCUGGAGAUGUUGCUGAUCAAAAGCUUAAAUAUGAGUGGGUUAAUGACGAUGAGCUGAAAAGUAAAAUUAAGUCAAAUUCAUAUUAUGAAAGUCUGAAUUAUCAUAGAUCAAGACUCAAAAUAAUGGCAGGACAAGCAUUAAGGAGGUUAAUGGCUGAGUAUAAGCAACUGACACUUAAUGCUCCGGAUGGAAUUAUAGCUGGACCAAUAUCGGAAGAGAACUUUUUCGAGUGGGAAGCACUGAUUUCAGGUCCUGUCGAUACAGUUUUUGAAGGUGGUUUAUUUCCUGCAAAGCUCGUUUUUCCAACUGAUUAUCCAUUGAAUCCUCCAAAAAUGAGCUUUCUUUGUGAAAUGUUUCAUCCAAAUAUCUUUCCUGACGGUCGUGUAUGCAUUUCUAUUCUUCACAGUCCUGGCGACGAUCCUUUAGGCUAUGAAAGUUCCGCAGAAAGAUGGAGUCCAGUUCAAUCAGUAGAAAAAAUACUCUUAUCUGUAGUAUCAAUGCUCGCUGAGCCUAAUAAUGAGUCGCCAGCUAAUGUCGAUGCCAGUAAAAUGUAUAGAGAGAAUCGUGAUGAGUUUAAUCGAAUGGCACAGAGACUUGUGAGAAAGACGUUGGGAUUAUAAGGUCUUUUUCUGUUAAAUUGUAUUAUAUUUUCAUUGAAUAGAAGGCGGUAAUCUUCAUAUUAUAUAUUUUGAUCAAAAUUAUUUAAUUAAAAUGCAAUUAGAGCUAUCAGAAAAAUUUCUUUCGUUAAUUUUAACGUUCAUUAAAAUUUU